AAUUAGACCAAUGUUUAUUUCCUGCUGGACAAACGCGGUGGGAAAAUAAAAUCUUACGGCUUUACCUUCCGCGUAAUAAUCUUUUCUUAUUCAUUAAUAUUCGUAUCUGCGUAUGAAUAUUUCAGUUAUAUAAAUAGAUAGAGAUGUGCGAUAAAUUUAUAGAGUGGAAAUACAUCGCGAUUCAACAGUCUCAUUCAUCUACUUUUUUUGACGUCCGUACUCGUCUGUGAUCAUUCGCGUCGGCAGUACAGCUGUCCUCGAUUGUUUCCACAACAAAUUUACUUUUUUCCAUUUUUUCAUUUCAUUAAUUAAAACGUAAAUUUCAAUGGGUAGUGAAUGAACGAAUGUUUUUUCUACAAGUAUACAGGUGUGCUAAGUACUGAGAAAAUAGUGUUCCGAUUUCAGGUGGCACCGGUACACCUUUGACUCAUCGCUACAUUAGCGACGUAAAAAGUUAUGGAGUAUCCGAUGACGAUAAUGAACAUUCCAGUUCUCUGGACAGAAUCAACUUAAUAACGGAGCAAAGGUGGCAAGUUGAAACAGAGCUGCCAGUUUCCUUGCUGCCGGCCACCGAGGUGAUGUCUGCACGGUCUCAUCACAGGAUCCGACAGUCCGCUACAGGACUGGACGAUGCUGGAAUGGAUCUACAAGUGGCUCAACUCAGUGCACGAUCCGGUCAGGACGUCAGUUCAACUGCGGCUCUAUCAUGGAUACACUGGGAAUUACCUUUUCCUGUAGUCCUUUGCGCUGUUGCUGCUGCCGUUCUCUUCACUUUUCUGUUUUUGUUAUGGCUGAGGAGGCAAAUGUCGAGUGAAAAAAAGAAGUCUGGCGAUGGAGACAGGCGAGGGCUCGUGGAAGAAGGAGCAGUCGGUCCUGCCAUGCCGCACGAUAAACCAGGCAAAAGCUGCAAGGAACAUUCUUUGGAGGCACACUGGAUGAAACAAACGAUCGAGAAGCCACCAAUCGCUACCAAACCUAUCGCAGCUGUUGCUGAAACUAGUAGAUUACCAGAGGUAUUAUCGGUAGUGACACCGGAGCGAAAACCAGAGCCAAUUCGCAUAAAAGCUAAAAGACUGUUGGAGCGUCGUGGCUCGAGUGCAAGUUUGACGAUCGAGCUUGCGACUGCACCGGAGAGUCCUCCCCACAUGGUGACACCAACCCGCGAGUGCACUGCCGAAGAAUUCUUAUUAAGCACCGGUAGACUUUUGUCGCGAUCACAAUUGACAAAAGCGAUCAAAGAUCCAAGUUCGUUACACAAAGAAUUUUGGGAAGUUCCUCUAAACGUGCCCGAAAAGGUCGAAAUAUUCGGUUCGGGUGUGAAAAAUCGUUAUUCCGGAGUUUUACCGAAUGAACAGUCGAGGGUCGUUCUCACGGGGAGUGAAGAUCCAGUCGCGAGCUAUAUCAAUGCCAAUUAUAUAAGGGGUUACGACGGUGAAGAGUGCCGCUACAUAGCGACGCAAGGACCAUUGGCACACACGGUGGUAGACUUUUGGCGUAUGGUUUGGAUGGACAAAGCAACUGCGAUCGUUAUGAUAACGAAACUUUUUGAGGCCUCGAAGACCAAAUGCGACGUUUACUUUCCCCUCGAAGUUAACAGUCGAAUUCAGGCUGGCGCAUUCACCGUGAUCCUCAAUUCAAUUGACAGCAGGGAUGGUUAUACCGUUAGGGAUUUAGAGUUGAGGCACGAAGAAGAUCGACGAACGAUAACGCAUUAUUGGUAUGACUCCUGGCCGGAUCACGCCGUGCCCCAAUCGUCAGAUGCGCUUGUAGGAUUAGCUGCUCAGGUGAACACAUUACCUGGGCCUGUGGUCGUUCAUUGUAGUGCUGGCAUAGGAAGAACUGGAUGCUUCAUAGCCUUAGCGACCGGAAUGACGCAACUUAUUAGAGAGGGAAACGUCGAUGUACUUGGAAUUCUUUGUCAAAUGAGAUACGACCGAGGUGGAAUGAUACAGACAGCGGAGCAGUACGAAUUCGUACACCGUGCGUUGUGCAUUUUCGAAGAAAGCCUCAACGGUAAAGGACCAAGUAAUUCUGGUGACUGAGAGUGGUGGGAAGCAGCGAACGAAUUGAACCGAUUAAAAGGUGAAAUCGAUCGCGCUGAAUCAACUAAACUUCAAAGAUCCCAGACGCAGCGAUACACUUGUGAUUUGUACUCGACGAUAACGGUAUGAGCUAUGAAACAUUCUCGGAAGGAGAAGAAAAAUCUGGACGAAAAUUCGGAGGAACUGGGCGUUCGUUCGAUCAAACGAAUCGAUACUAUUCUAUCCUUCUACUCAGGACGAGUUGCAAAUACUCGUUGCAAUGAAGCUGCCACUGUAAUUCCUAUACUGCCAUCACGAAAAAAUCGUUGACCGAGUCAUACGCAACGCGAUACACCCGCGUUACUAAAAAUGUUGCAUUUUUUGAACAUUUUUCUCCAAAACAGACGCUUUGGAUUCAAAGAAAACAAUGAAACAACGCUGCUUCGGAGCGUAAUAGUGGAAUUUUUCCAAUCGAUUAGUCUUUGAAACGAUGCCGUAGAUCUGACUCGUAAUUGUCAUAAAAUUCGUCACGAUUUAGACCGUAAUUGGGAACAACUGUUUUGACGGAAUAGUGGAAAUCCCACUUUCAUUUUUCCGUAAUUUUCUUUUCGCGAUGAAAAAGUUUCGCGAAACACGAUCAUGCGAUUCCGAACAAUUAGACUUUCUUGCCGAUUAAUGAAAUUAUUCAAACGUUAUUUGUGCUUGACAUGAAAUUUUGGACCACAUUUUGCAAAAGAAAAAAUAAUUACGCAACAAAAUGUCGGUAUCGCAUCGGGUGGUGUCGCCCUUAUUUUUGCAUUUUUCGCCUCAAUUUUAUUUUUCUUAUGUUUAUUAAACGCGAAAUCGUCGAUCGACCAGAAAAAAAACAACAUUCCAUUGCUCCCGAAAAGUUGGUCGCGGGAUUUUUGGUUCUCGAAUCUGUAGCAUGACGCCCGCUAUCACUUUUGUAUCUGUACAUUGAUCUAUUUUUGAAGAAUUUCUAAAUCUGGUCUUACCGUAGAAAGCAAGAUGAAGCGACGAUAAAAAUUCAGCAAUUCAUCAGAAUGAAUGCUCUGGGACCCGGAAAAUAAUUGCGGCAUCAGCAAACAAAUAAGCGGAUUAAGCAACUUUUGUCCUAUCGCCAGUUCCUAAGUUAUUUCUUCGAAGCUAAACAUUUCGUCAGUGGGCUUAUCAACGCGUGUAUAAUAUCGAAUUUAUUUAUCUCGAAAAAGACUGAAUGCGGGUGGAAUAACGACCUUUUUGGUUCUUAACGCCCUCAGAACGAUGGACAGAGCUUUUUUUUAUAUCGUUUGAAUCGAGGAAAAGAGUCCCAUUUUUUCACUCCACAUGAUAAAAAAUUCGAAUUCAAAGACAUUUUUCUCCGUUCAGAAUCGAUAUUUCGGUGCUCGCGAUUCAAGGUUUACGAUUUUGUAUGUAAAAACGACGAAAGUCUCGUGUGAAACAAUUCGAGCGAACGACUUUCUUUUAAUGAAUUUUCAAUCUUCUUUCGUUCGCAUUUUCUUGAAUCUCAAUGAAAACUUAUGGUUUUUCUCAAGGUCACGUUGCACGCACAUUUUUCAUGACCGAACACUAUCUCAAGCUACGUACCAAACAAUUAUUUAAUUCAUUCAUCGAUUGCUAUACUUCUUGCACUGUUUUUUUUUUUUUUUUCAAUUUUUCACUUUUCGCUUCAUUUUUAUAACAGAGAAGGGAAUAAAUGUACGAAUAUAUAUUUUGAAAAUGUAUGUGUAUACAUAUAAUAUUCUAUCGUCAUAUAUGUAUAUAUAUAUACACAUAUAUAAAUAUGUGUAUAUUCAUUGUGAUCGUAUUUUUAUUCCGAACGCUGUUUUCCAGGCUGGCUCUGAGGAUAGAAUAUAUCUGGAACUAUUCGAAUUCUUUUCCUAGGAUCUUGUAUCCGCGUUGAGAGAUUUUCCAAAAAACAGCGUACAAUUUUUUCUGGAAAAAAGUUAUCGUUCCAUCACUUUUUGAAGAAAGCAAACUUUUUUUCUUCAUUACGAUUGCUCAUACACCGAUUCAGAUCAUGUCACCUUUUGCUUCCGGUUUGGGCAAUGGUAGAGCAAAAUUUCAAAAAUGAAACUCUGUUUCAGAGUUAUUCCAUUUGAAAAAUUCACCCCUCGAAACAGCAGUUUGGACAAAAAUAUGGUUACAAACUCGAGUACGAGUGCAUGUUGCGAUACGUAUAAUCGUCAAACGCAAGAUUGUGAUAUAUAUCUAUACUAUUAAAUAAUAAUAACGAUUAAAGAUACGUAUAUACAUAAAUAAUAUAUAUUGUACAGAGAGCAAAAUAUAUUUAAGAGAGUAUGUAUUUGUGUAAAAGAAAUAUGAAAGAGAGUCGAAGAGUAUUUAUGGAUGGGCAAUGCCAGGCGAUGGCCGCAGAGUGUUGUAAUUGUAUAUUUAAUUAAUAAGCACACAGUACGAUUAUUAUUACAAUUACUACAAUAACAAUAUUAAUAAUAAUAAUAAUUUUAGAAGCCCUUUGGUGUUCAAUUGUACUUAUGUGACAUAUAUAAAUGUUUAUAGUAUCCA